AUGACAACUUACAUACCCUCCCUCACACUCCCCGAGGCCGUCUUCGGCAGCCUCCCGGUUUCUAUCCUGCUGCCCAUCGCCUUGGGGUCAGCAGUAGGCUAUUCCACAAGACCUGCCACCGACCGCCGUGAAUCCCUCAAACUCAAGCAACCGCCCCUCCGGCCCCCCGCAAGCGUCUUCCCGCCCGUGUGGACCGCCCUCUACGGGGUGAUGGGCUAUGCCGCGCACCGGGCUGUCUACCUGGGCACCUCGCCUGUCAACACCACCGACACAAUCCUCGCCGCCCGCCAAGGCGCCACGCUCUACACGAUCCAGCUGGGCCUGAACUUAGCCUGGAUGCCGCUAUUCUACGGCCUGAACCAGCCCAUCCUUGCGACUGUCGACGCCGCCGCCCUCUUCGGCAUCAAUUCGUACCUCGCCUGGCUGUGGGGCACUCGGGUGGACGAGAUCGCCGGCUGGUUGCAGGUUCCGUACGUCGCCUGGCUCGGUUUUGCGACGUACCUGUCGUUUGGGACGGGAUAUCUGAAUGGCUGGGACUUGAGCCCCAUCGUUGGAGGCAAGGGCAAGGGUCGGGGUGAGGGGAAGAAGGGUCGGGGUGAGGGGAAGAAGAACGCUUGA